CCCCACCCCGGGCUCAGGCCUCACCAGCCACGCCCCCCCCGGCCACCUGCUGACCCCUGGUCCCAGAAGCACCUCCUGCAGACCCAGAGGCACACGGUGUGCAGAGUCCACCCGGGUCCCUGGGGCUUCCGUGUGGUGCCAGCUGCUCCCUCCGCUGACCUGGGCACCCCCCACCGAACCCAGGUGAGGACCCCAAACCAAGGCACCCAGAGUUUAAGGGAAGAUGAACCUCGUGCCCCGUGUCUACAGUGUUGGCCUCACAGUGCGCGGGGUGCUGGGGAGUUGGCCCUGCCCUCGGGGGCUCCCCUGCAGACCCGCCCAGCCUCCACCCUCCUCUGCACACCUCCAGGCGGCGCGAGCGGGCCGGUCAGGUCUCCCCGGCCCCGGGUCCCCCCACUGCCCGGUAGCUCACAGCGUCCUGCCGCCCUGCCUUCACCUGCCCGCGUCCCCAGACAUCAGGCCGCGCCAGCCCCUCCGCCCUCAGGCGGGACCGCUCCAGCAGGACUCUGCCCACGAGGCCAGGCCCCGGACUGUCCCCAGGGCUGGGCCGGCCACCCGACACGCCAGUGGUCGCCGAGCACCUGCUGCAGCCCUGCCCAGGCUGAAGUCUACACGCGCUGCCUGCUCAGGCGACCGGCGGCCGCGGGAGGUGGGAGCGCUCACCUCGCAGCCCGGGCCCGGUCCCCGCGGAGAACCAGACAAGGCCGUCCUAACGGGACCCCACAAGUGUGUGCACGUACGUGUGUGCACAUCCAGGGUCGCCGUCCCGCGCCCGCGCUCGCCCUCCCCUGCAGGGACCGAGGCACAGGGCGGCCUUGCUGACGGGCUGGAGUUGAAUCCGUCUGCGUAGCAUCCCGUCCAGGACGACGUCUAAUUAACACUCUUAUUGGGGGCACAAACCCCCACAACCGUCGAUGGGGGCCUCCCUGCAGGGCCCGCGUCCCGCCAGGCGCCUGCCUGCCCCAGCCUGCAGCUGCCUUACGGGACGUGUCCCCACAAUGGGACGACCGCUCCCCCAGUCCAGGACAAGCAGACAGCGUGGAGGUCUGACCAGUGGGCCAGAGGCUCAAUUCCGGGUGCAGGGCCCGCGAGGGGCGCCGGCUGGACAGCCCCCACCCCACGGGGCCGGCCCUGUGCCCCCGCGGGACCGCAUUCCGAGUGCGAAUCCACUUUCUGCCUCCCUCAGUCUCUGCAGGCUCAGGGAGGAAGAGGCCUUGGGCGUACGAUUUCCCCGAGUGCACAAUGAUGUUGGGGACACAGCUCCGCGGGACGUGGGACACAAACCCCUCUGCUGGAUACGGGUUUGCCCAAGUCACACGCCCAGACGCGCCGUGGCCAGGACGAGGGGCACGCAGCUCCCGACUCCGGAGCGCAGGGCUUCUCGGGGAGCGACGGCGCCCGGCCCGGCCCCCCAGAGCCCAGGCCCCGCUCAGGACCUCGGGAGGGCCCCAGUGUCACCCAUGGAGAAGCCACGGGGAAUCCCACGCGCAGUUCCCCAUGGCUGGGCUCCUCCUGACGCCUCGAGAGACCGUGGCCCCACACCUCAGGGCCUGCAGCGGGGGCCGCACCCCACCACACCCUGCUUCCAUGCGGGUGACCUCAGGGAGCCUCCAAGCUCCGGGGCUUCGGUGUCCCUUCCCGGAAGCCCGGGAGGCGGAGCGCUUCUGGGCAACAGCAGCGGGACAGACAGCUCCCGUCACCACCGGCGGAUUUGGAGUUUUGUACCACGUGCAUCACGUGCUAAAAAUAGAAACUUAAAAAUGUCACAGAAACACAUGACGUCAUCAGGUGACGGCACUGUGCACACAAGGCCGCUGCUUCCCUGCCCUCCUCCCCGCAGCCUCCCGGCCUCG